GGGGAGGAAAGGGUGAGCAAGGACCGUAGCCAUCCUGGCUCAAGGCAAUUGCGCAGGAGCAGGAGGAGGAGGAGGAGGAGGUGCGAUGCCUUGUCUUUUCUUUGCGGAUGCUGGACAUCCGUCGAGGGUCUCGAGAAGGCGCGGUUUCCCUCGAAGGGUCGAUCAAGAACUGCGGCCGGACAAAACAAUGGAGCGCAGCACUGCGGUUGCUCCGCGAAGGAAUUCGAUUGGGUGCGCAACUUGGCCCAAGCCACUACGUUGCGACUGUCAGCGCAUGCAGAAAAGGCGGGCAAUGGCAACACGCGCUGUCAGUACUGAGCGAGAUGUGGGAGGCGAAGCUGGAACCCAACGUCAUCAGCUACAGCGCUGGGAUCAGCGCGUGCGAGAAAGGCGAGCAGUGGCAGCAAGCGCUGGCGCUGCUGAGCGAUAUGUGGGAGGCGAAGCUGGAACCCAACGUCAUCAGUUACAACGCUGGUAUCAGCGCGUGCGAGAAAGGCGAGCAGUGGCAUCGGGCGCUUGCGCUGCUGAGCGAGAUGCGGGAGGCGAAGCUGGAACCCGACGUCAUUUCUUCAGCUACAGCGCUGGGAUCAGCGCGUGCGAGAAGGGCCAGCAGUGGCAGCGGGCCCUGGCGUUGCUAAGCGAGAUGCGGGAGGCGAAGCUGGAGCCCGUCGUCAUCAGCUACAGCGCUGGGAUCAGCGCGUGCGAGAUGGGCGAGCAGGUUCAGCGGGCCCUGGCGUUGCUGAGCGAGAUGCGGGCGGCGAAGCUGGAGCCCAAUGUCAUCAGCUACAACGCUGGGAUGAGCGCGUGCGCCUGCAACGCUGGGAUCAGCGCGUGCGUGAAGGGCGAGCAGUGGCAGCGGGCCCUGGCGCUGCUGAGCGAGAUGCGGGGGGCGAAGCUGGAGCCCGACGUCUCAGCUACAAUGCUGGGGUCAGCGCGUGCGAGACGGGCGGGCAGUGGCAGCCAGCGGCGGCGCUGUUGAUCGAGAUGCGGGAGGCGAAGCUGGAGCCCGACGUCAUCAGCUACAGCGCUGGGAUCAGCGCUUGCGAGAAGGGCGAGCAUUGGCAGCGGGCCGUGGCGCUGUUGGGCAAGAUGCGGGAUGCGAAGUUGGAGCCCAAUGUCAUCUUCAGCUACAACGCUGCGAUCAGCGCGUGCCAGAACGGCAAGCAGUGGCAGAGGGCUCUGUCUCUGCUCAGAGACAUCCGCCAGAUGAAUUUGUACCCAGACUUGUUCGCCUAUGGGAUUGUAGCCAGCAUGUGCGAGCAUGGCGGACAAAAGAAGCUGGUGCAGUCGUUGACGAGGGAGAUGUGCGGCCUGAUCGCAGCGGAAUAGCGUAAUCCGUAUUCUAUUGCCAGGCCCGUGUGCAUGUAAAGAAUGUCGCCAGCGAAGGCAGCGAAUUUCGCGAUGCUGUGGAGAGCCCAGGGGCAGUUUGAUUACCUCGUGCGAGCAGGGCAGGCAGUCGCAGCAGGCCUUGUCGCUGCUCUGCGCGACGUGGAAAGCAAAACUGAAGCCCGACGUUA